AUGAUCGCAAGGCCACUAACCAGCUCACUCUAUCGACCGGCACUCGGACUCGCUCGCCAAGCAGCACCCCGCACCGCCAUCCGAUGGUACACACCCGGCACACUCCGCAUCAACCCGGAUCGAAUGAUGAAAACACUCCACGAGACCUGCGAGUGGGGUUCCUCCCACUGCCAUGGCCCCGGACCCCACGAGACUGGAAUGGAACGCCUUACCCUCGACGAGAAUGACGCUACCGCCCGUCGAUGGCUCUCCGACGAAGCACAAAAGCUCGGAUGCUCCGUCACCGUUGACCAAAUGGGAAACAUGUUCCUCAUCCGACCCGGCAAGUCCAUUGGUCACCCUACCGCUAUGGGAAGCCAUCUCGACACGCAACCCACCGGCGGUAGAUACGAUGGCAUCUUGGGCAUAAUGGCAGGUCUCGAAGCUCUUCGCACCCUAAACGAUCAUGAUAUUCAGACUGAAUACCCCGUUGCAUUGGUGAAUUGGACGAACGAAGAAGGCGCGCGAUUCCCCCAGUCAAUCGUUGGGUCUGGUGUAUGGUGUGGAGAUGUUCCACUGGAGAAAGCCUGGGGGUUGCAGGAUGUGAAGGAUUCGAGCUUGACAAUGAAGUCAGAGUUGGAGAGGAUCGGGUUCUUGGGAGAAACAAAGUGUUCGCACGAAGCAAUGCCGUUAGCUGCUCAUUUCGAAUUGCAUAUUGAACAAGGACCGAUUUUGGAAGAGACAGGGAAGAAGGUAGGGAUUGUGCAGGGGGGACAGGCGUAUAAGUGGUUCAAUGUGAAUGUUGGGGGUAGGGAUUGCCAUACUGGUUCUACUCCGUUUGAGACUAGGUCGGAUGCUAUGCUUUGUGCGUCUAGGAUCAUUGUUGAGAGUAAUCGUAUUGCGAAGGAACAUCAGGGUUUGGCUUCUACCGGAAUCCUGCGUUUGACACCAGGAAGCGUCAACACAGUACCCGGUCAAGUAUUCUUCACACUCGACAUCCGACACCCUUCCACGGAGAAGCUCGCCUCUCUCUGUUUCGCCAUUGAAUCCGCCGCUCACUGCAUUGCCUCACAAGAAAGCGAAAAGGGCUGUCAACUCGAAUGGACAGAAACAUUCAACAGCCCGGCAAUCACUUUCCAUCGCGACUGCAUCGCCUGUGUCCGCAAAGCAGUCGAGGCCAUUUACGGAGCUGAUCAAGGAAAAGACAUCUAUAGCGGUGCAGGACACGAUACUUGCUCAACAAGUAAGAGGUGCCCAUCAUCGAUGAUCUUUAUUACGAGCAAGGAUGGGGUGUCGCAUAACCCUAGGGAGUAUAGCUCCCCGGAAGAUUGUGCUAUUGGAGCACAGGUGCUGAUGGAUGCCGCUCUGUUGUAUGAUUCUCAACGCCAAAAGUGA